AUGGACAAUUUUCCUCUGAAAGCUGUUCCCCGCCCGCCGUCUCCAUUAGCCUGCAAGAGGGCGCGGUUUUCAAAACUCGAGCGCACCGAACCGUCUGUUGUGCGGCAGGUGUCUGCCGCACCAUGGACACAAGUGUUGGUGCCCCAUGGUCUCCAUCUGCCGACACAAACAGCGACCGACUUCGCGACGAUCCCAGACCUUGCGCCUCCCGCAGAUGUAAGGAUGACACCCGAUCGACAUGCAUCGACCACACCGGUGUCAGCAAGCUUAGCCAUUAUGCCAAUGGACAACUUCGCGCUUGCACAGGCAUCGCUGCAAGCCUCGCUUGAUGAGCUCGAAGCUGCCUCUCAUGAAGUACGCAUGGACGUCGUGAAGCGGAGUCAGAGUGACCGAGGGACCGGUGCCUCGUACGAACGGCAUGUCAGGAACUACUUCUCCUGGUGGGCGACAUUUCAACAGCAGGAGACAGCGAAAGCCCCUGGGCGUGUUGCCGUCCCUGCAGAGCUGAUCACGGCUGUGAAGGCCGUCAUGUUCAUCCAAUAUGAAAGUACGUGCCCCAAGAGGAAACGCGGUGGUGCAGAUGCACAAGACGGGACGACCAUCGGGAAGUCGGGGAUAGCGCAGGCCAUAUCGGCGCUCGAGAGCUAUCGCAAGAACUGCGAGCACCUGUACAAGGACGUGCCUGAUGCCAGGGUCAGCCUCCGCGCUGACCAGCGCAUUCGCACAGUCGAAGAUGCAGCCAAACACAAUGAGCCUCUGAGAAUUGAGAGAGCACAGGCCCUUAAGGCUGCAGGGACAUCAUUGGAUACAUACAAUGAUGUCCAGCUAACAAACGCGGCCACAGGCUUCCUCGACAUAUCCUCCGGUGUUCGAAGGCUCACCACGCACAUCAGAGAUCGUGCCAUGCUGCUCACAUCGUCGAGCACGGCUUUCCGGGGAGACAACCUUCGCAGUCUGCUGUGGUCCGAUCUUUCGGUCCGCCAGAUCCCGAUGUAUGAUAUCCAGCUCGGUCAUAAGGUCCCGGCCCUCGUUUUCAUGGCAAAUAAUGGCAAGACAAACCAGAACGGACGAACCGAUGAGUUCGGUGCUUUUCGCCAUUGCCUCGUCGAACUGUGCAGCAUUGGAUUGAUUGCGCUGCAGCUGUACAGCCACUUCCACAUUCAGAACAACUCAGUUCCCAACUUCGGUGCAGAUAUCGCAGAUCGGAAUUUUGGGGAGUACGGUCGCCGGGAUUGGUACCAGUAUCAUCUCUUUUAUGCCUCACGUCCGGAUGCACCAAUGUUGUACGAAACCCAUCGCAGCCGUGUCAAUGCCCUUCACCUGCAACAUGAGAUCUCCAUCACCAAGGUAACACACGCCGGCCGGUCUUUUGCAGCGCAGAACAUGCACAGCCAUGGGGUCUCCGCAAGUGACACCAAGGCUUUGGGUGGGUGGAGUGAGAGCGGAUCCUUCCGUUCCUGCUACGAUCGCGAACUGCCUAUCGAUGCAUUUGUCGGAUCAGCGAUGUUCAACGCACGGCAACCAGACCCGCCCUUGUCGCUCAAGACUGCCAUUUUCCCAUGGCUCGAAGAACAAGAGCACACGAUGCGAGCACGAGCCGAAGCUGAGGCUCUCGCGAAGGACAUCGCCCUUGUCCAAUUCUUCAGAGUCCUCUCCUGGUUCCACCAUGUCCUGUUGCAGGACAUGGCUGUUCUCUACUCGCGGAACCCUAACGCACUAGUAUUCCAGUAUCCACCCUUCAACACCACAAUCUUCUGCACUUUCGCAGCUGAAGCGGACACUCAUAUUCGUGCCACUGAGGAGCAAAGCCGCCUUGCAUUUCAGCACCUCCCCGAACGAUUUGUUACCAGUGUCAAAGGCGUCGUGACGGGCCUCGAGCUGGCUCAGCAGCAAGAUCAUGAACUCAACGAUGUGAGAUGA